AUGGUUUCACUCUUUGCCGAAACAAAGGGAGAAGUCAAGAAAACAGCUACUGGUGAUUCAAGUGCACAUGAACAAAAAUCACAGUCGAAAGCAAACGACAAUCAGAAGGGUAAUGAAGCUUCUGGAUCGAAAGAAAAAGGAAAAUUGGUGGAUGAUGAUGAUGAAGAAGAGGAUGAAGAGUUGAAGCUUAAAAGAAAGAAACGUGACCAAGAGCUUGACAAGAAUUUGCAAAUUGCAAAAGAAGCUGAAGUAGCUGAAAAAAAGCUUGACUUUCUAAUUACUUUGAAGGCUUUUCUGUUUUGCAGUUUUGACAAGAUUGAGAAAGCUCCCAUUACAGACUACAAUGUUAACCAUUCGCUUUUCUCUUUCUACCUUAAUCACGAGAAGCCUCUGUAUCAAACGUGGAGUUCAAUGAAAAUUACAACUGUGGAAGUCAUCGGGCCAAUUGAAACAUAA